AUUGACGUCAAUCGUUGUUUGUGAUUGGUCAUAACCUUUUCCGGUGAGGCAUCCAUCUAUCCAAGGACUGUGAGAAAGCCAGUGUAAACGGAGUAAAACCAGUCGACAAACUCAUCGAAGCGACUCAGGUCAUCAUGGCGUCCAGCAGUACGAGCAGUGAAGAAGAGAGGAGCUUGCGGGAGUGUGAGCGCUACGUGCAGAAGCACAACAUCCAGCAGCUGCUGAAGGACUGCAUUGUGCAGCUGUGCACUAACAGGCCUGAAAGACCCAUGGCUUUCCUCCGAGAGUACUUCGAGAGGCUCGAGAAGGAGGAAACUAAACAAUUCAUCAGCCAGCAGAAGUCAAGCUCUCGCUCAGACUCCCGUGAAGAUGAGGUUUCUCCUCCCAUGAACCCUGUGGUUAAGGGCCGGCGGCGCCGCGGUGCCAUCAGUGCAGAGGUCUACACUGAGGAAGACGCAGCGUCUUAUGUCAGAAAGGUUAUUCCUAAAGAUUAUAAAACUAUGGCUGCUCUUGCUAAAGCGAUUGAAAAGAAUGUGCUUUUUGCUCAUCUUGACGACAAUGAAAGAAGUGACAUAUUUGACGCCAUGUUCUCAGUCACUUACAUUGCAGGAGAAACUGUGAUUCAACAAGGGGAUGAGGGUGACAAUUUUUAUGUUAUUGACCAAGGUGAAAUGGAUGUGUAUGUCAACAACGAGUGGGUGACCAGUAUUGGAGAGGGUGGCAGUUUUGGUGAGCUGGCUUUAAUCUAUGGCACUCCCAGAGCAGCCACUGUCAGAGCAAAGACCAACGUCAAGCUGUGGGGCAUUGACAGAGACAGCUACAGGAGAAUACUCAUGGGAAGUACUCUGAGAAAGAGAAAAAUGUAUGAGGAAUUCCUUAGCAAGGUCUCCAUUUUGGAGUCUCUGGAUAAAUGGGAACGGUUGACAGUUGCUGAUGCCCUCGAGACGGUCCAGUUUGAAGAUGGCCAGAAGAUUGUUGUGCAGGGUCAACCAGGAGAUGAAUUUUUCAUUAUUCUUGAGGGUUCGGCAGCAGUCCUGCAGCGGCGGUCGGAGAAUGAGGAAUUUGUAGAGGUUGGAAGACUUGCACCGUCUGACUACUUUGGUGAGAUCGCUCUACUCAUGAACCGGCCUCGUGCCGCCACUGUGGUUGCUCGCGGCCCGCUGAAGUGCGUAAAACUGGAUCGUCCCCGGUUCGAACGUGUGCUCGGCCCCUGCUCAGAUAUCCUGAAGCGAAACAUACAGCAGUACAACAGCUUCGUGUCUCUGUCGGUCUGAGGCGCACUAGGCUCUUUCCUCCUCUAUUGCAGGGUCCACCAAUGCAAAUCCGCUUUAUUUUCUUACUUUUCUUUAUGCAUUUUCCAACACCCAGGUGCCCAUUCACUUCAGUGUUCUCUCUCUCUCUCUCUCUCUCUGUCUCUCUCUAUCUGUUUUUUCGAUUCGUGCCGUACCCUGUCGCGUUCGUAUCCAUCGUAGAUUUACCAUAAGUCUGAUUGUUAGUUUUGCCUGAGAAACGAGCCAAUCAUUGUGCCACAGAUGCCUGUCACGUGAACAGAUGUUGAACUAACAAGGUCAGUCGGGAUCGUCUCUUUCCUCCAAAUUGCUUCACGUUUCUGUAUAACAGUGUUUUGAAUGGAAGGAAAUCAGUGGCAGGGUUGACAGUCAUGUAGUGUAUCUAUUCAGUAUAUGAUGUAUCUUAAUUGAGGCAUCGAGUUUCAGAUUCUGUUUUCCCUCGUUCAAUUCAAGCAUUUGAGUAUAGGGAAGCCAAAGGCAUAAAUCCAUGUGUGUUAUGUUGUUUUCUUGGGGGUACUGAAGUUAAAAUGUCACCAUGUUUAUCAUGGUGAUUAGCUUUGCUCUUUUAUUGUUAUAGCUGCACAUAUAUAGUGUAUGUAAAUGAUUAUAUAUUAGAAGUAAAUGACCAUAACCAUAUUUUUUGCACAGUUUGAUAUCUAUAUAUACGUGUGUGUGUAUAUAUAUAUAUAUAUAUAUAUAUAUAUAUAUAUAUAUAUAUAUAUAUAUAUAUAUAUAUAUAUAUAUAUAUAUAUAAAACACUUUAUAUGCGCCUGCUGUUUUUCAUUGUAGCAUUUGAUCCCAUUUCAUUGGACUUUUUCAUUUUCUGUUGGAUGUUUUGUUCUGCCUUCAUCCUUCAUGCUACACACAGGCUUGCACUGGACUCUUAUGUAGAGCACACCAGGAUUAGACAAAUCUCUUUUAAAGUUCUGUUUUGUUUCGCAUUUUCUCCCUUCUGAAAUGCCACCUGCUGCAAAUGCUUUUAUUUGUUUGUUUCCCCCACAAAGUGAUGUUAUCUUGUUUUCAACAUUGUGUUUAAGUACAGAAAAAAAGUACAAAUUUUUGUUUUUGAUCAAUUGUUAAGAAGAGUUACAGAAAUGUAAUGGUUAAUGAAAUCUGACAGAGUAUGUGAGGAUCCUCCUCGACAGGAAGUGACUACUUGGUGACCUCUUUAGCCAAGUGAAGAUCCCAUUAGGUUUUCUCUCUCGAUGAGAGAGUAUGUGAACUGUUUUGAAAUCCCAAAUGCGCCCCCCCCCCCUCUUUCUUUUUUUUUUUACAAUUUAAAAUGAAAUAAUUUGGUUUAUCAACAGGACAGGACUAAGAAAAAUAAUGAUCAGUUGUCAAAUGAUCAGUGUCCUUUUUUGAUUGAGAUUUAGAUGAUUCUCCUUAGUUAAAUCAAAGUCUUAAAACAGGGACAGUAUUUACCGCUUGUGUUGAGUUCAUGGUGUCUGUAUGCCAUUAGGGUUAGGAUCCAUCAAAUGAUUGGAAUAGAUCUGCGAUCCACUACUGCCACCAUCUUAAUCUCUUAUCAGAUAUUGUUCUAGGGUUCUCUGAGUUGUACGAUUUUACUGGGUGGUACAAUAGUGUUAACUGUUGCUGAAAGUAGAUUUGAGUUGUCACACAGAGAUAUUCUUGUAUUAUAUGAAAACAGUUGAUGUGAAUUUUAAAUUUGUGUAUUUUUGUUUUCCACACAUAUAAUUAUACAGAUAUUCAGCUCCUUUAUACUGCAGACUCGAGCAAAUUUAGUUUUUGAAAAGUGCCUGAUUUCUUUACUUUCAUAAUGCAUAGCCAACAGACAUUUCCUUGUAGUUUUUUCCCUCCCAAUUCUAUUCAUAAUGUCAGCUUGUUACCUGUAUUAUCUGUAAACUACAAUACUUUUUUCAUCUGUAUAUUCAGAUGCCCUUAGCAGUGUCAUUUAUUUAGACUUGAAGCUCCAGUAAUUGAGUUUAUUUAACCGAGCUCUCCCAAAAUUGCUAUGUUAAUUAAAGAAAGGUGCAAGUGAACUGACCUAGAUUUUGUUUUUAUCUUCACUGUUUGACUUUGUCCUACUGACCACAUGGAGGAAUUGUUUUCUUUUUACUCUCUGACGCUUGAUUUAAGAGCCUUACUGCAUUGUCACUGCAGUUGUCUGGGAAAAGAUGCUCAUUCACAGAUUCUGCCCCUUUUAGACUGGAUUAUAAUUUCAGAAUCAGUCAAAUCUUGGUGCUGUAGCUUUAAAGACACAAUCUGCACCCUUAACGAUAUGUAAAGAGUAGCCUUUGAUUAACCGUUCUACUGUCUUUUCACUGAGUGGUCUAUGCCUUAUGAUGGGGUUGAAUAAAUAAACAUGUUGAAGUUAUUUAUAUAGUCCUUAAUGUAAACUCUGACACCAUUUGUUAGGCAUAAAAUUGCUAAAUGGUGUACUUGUUAUUGCUCAUAUAUGCAUUGCUUUGUUCAUUUAACUUCAUUUGGCAGUGCAUAAUUGAUCAAAUGAACCAUAAAUCUUUCCCUGUUUUUAUGUAAAAUGCAUAAUUUAAACUUUAUUGUAAUUCUCUUCCUUUUAUGAAUAAUUAAGUGAUUUGUUCCACCGCUAAUAAAAUUUUCCGCUUACUUUUAUUAUGAUUUAUUAAGAACUUAAGGCCCUGUUUCUUGAAGAACAUUCAUUGAUACACUAGAAGUGUGUUUGUAUUACAACCCUCAACCUUUUAUUUUUUUUAAGUUUGCUUUUCAUUCCCUGGUUGUGACUGCCAAUGGUGUUUUCUUCUGAGGUUUUCAGUAAAAUUGUGUUGUAGUAUGUACAGAGGAAUUGAUAUAUUUGCUCGUAGGCUUUGUCAUCAAGGCUUAGAGACUCCUGUUCACCCAUUCUUCAGUUUGUUAAGCCCUCAGCACAGAGAGUUGUAAAAUGUCAGAGGACCAUUUUUCUAUUAUUCUUUUUCUAUAACUGUGUACGGUUUGAUUUCAUUGGAUGUGCUCAAGUUGUAAACCUUUUGGUAUAGAUUGUCCCAAUGGCAGGUCAAGCAAUAAAAUGAUUAAUUCUUGAA